AUGGAGGCGUUUGCCAGCACGCCGCGGAAGCCGGGCACCCUCGAUGGUGCACGCGGAGCCUGCUACGCCGUCGUGUCCGCCGUGCUCAUCACCUGCCGUCCCGUCGGCACGCAGAAGUACACGUACGACCAGAUGGUGCAACGGGCCGCCGCCUGUGCUUCGUCCCCCGACGGUUUCAUGGCUUUGUUUCGCGAGCUCGUCCUCUCCGCCUCCGCUCCCCCCGCACGGCCCGAACAAGAGGGAGACCGGCCCGUCUCCGACUCCAACCGGACGCAGACGCUGGAGGAACAGACCAGGUCCGCUUUCUACUGGGCGAACCGACGCGAGUGGAAGAAGGCAUGGAACUGCUUCAACUCGCUCAAACCUGCAGACGGCCGGAGCCGAAAGGUCGUCGACGAAUUCAUCAACAAAACUCCGCAGGCCAAGGCACCACCCGAACAUGCGAUGCGCGACGAACCCGGAUAUGAGGCGGGCAAGUACAAGAUCAAGCCAGAGAUCUUUGCCAGGUUCGUUCGCAGCUGCAACGUCACCAGAGCUGGAGGCCCUAACCACGUCGACUACGACUUUGUGCGCAUCAUCACCGACAGCGAACGUGGCUCCAAGUGCCUCCUUAACUACUUCACCGCAUUCUCGUGGGGCGUCGAACACCCUCGGUUGCAGCAGCUCGACGCCGACCUCAAAGCCUUGUGCCUCGUCAAGGAAGACGGCUCCCUCCGCCCCCUCGGCAUGUGCAGCAUCAUGCCGCGUUCGGCUGAGCGCUGCAUACACAUGCAAGAGUGCCCCUGGAUGGAGCAGUACCUCACCUCGCCGCUGCCCGAGGAUCGUCACGCCCGAGAUGUGGCCAUCGCCAACGCCGCCGCCGCCCUCACCGACGCCGAGCAUACCCUCAAAACCACCGUCGACCGCGUCCGGGCCGGAGGCGGCACCGACAGCGACAUCACAGCGGCCAGAGACGCCCUCGACGCCGCCUACCGAGCCGACGCAGCUGCACGGCAACCAGUCAACUUCCCUGUCAACUAUGGUCCGUUGGUCCGCACCUCCAUGCCGCCGCAGUUCAUGUUCUGCACCUUCACGAGCAUCCUCGCCGCGGCGACCGCGCGCCAGAGCGUCUCAAGCCCAGCAGUCCGCGUCGGAUCCCCUCUUCCUCCCGGAUCAUGCAUGCACGCCGGCGGCGGGUGGCGCGCGAACGACGGAGUCGCGAACGCUUCUCGAGUCCCAACCAAGGAGUCUGUCAAGACCGAUGACCCCCAAGAUGUGGCGUCCACCCCUCUCACGGCUCUUGAGGCGCCCAUCGGCCUUACUGCCCCGCUCGGCCCGUCAACGACCAAGCCAGCGGACGGCGGGCGAGCGGGAGCGCCCCGGCACGUCCUCUUCCUCCAGAGCGACCGGGCCGUCGAUGCGCGUCUCGAAGUAGCGCUGGGGGAGAUUGCGUGGCCUGCAGAGCUCCGCUCCACCCGGGUCUCCGACUCGAACUCGAUCGAGUCCGAUCUCUUGUCAUGCGGCUACGCCGACUGGCAGCACGUCAGCGCCUCCUUUGACCGCGCCGACUCCUCGCUGCUCGAGGCGUCGCUGCCCAUCCCUGCCCAGUGGUCCGAGACUGAAGCGGUGCCCAUGCCUCUGCCGGUUCCGCCAAAGACCGAUGUGGCGGAGGAGCAUUCGCUGCGCUGCUCCAGCCUCCUGGGGAACUUGCCCUUCAGCACGCCACCGGCGCUGGAGGAGCUAGCGCGGCCCGCGGAGGUCCGCGCCACUCAGAUCGCCGACUCGAAGACGGCCGAGUCGACCGAUCUCUUCUCCAUCUCAAGUGACCUUGCCGGCUCGCGGCCACGCUGCGCCUCCUUCAUCUGCGCCGACUCCUCCACGGGCGAGGUCAACACGGACAUGGCCAGCAGCUCUCCCUGGCCCCUCCUCAUGGGUGCCCUCAUGGGGUGCCUGGGCUUCUCUGUCGUGGCGCUGUCGUGGAGCGGCUCCUCGGCCACCAAGACCGGCUCCGACAAGGUCGACGGCCAGAAGCGCUCGAGGCGCGCGAAGGAGACCGAGGUCAUGGCACCGACUGGCGGCGGCAGCACCGCUACCGCCUGUGUUUGCCGCACUCCGAUCUUCUUCUACUUCUUGUCCUUUGUCGCAAUGGUCGGCCUGUGCGGUGUGACCUACGAGGCCUCAGCCGCGAGGUACACUCGAGGGCGUGGCGCCAUGUCCGGUCUCCUACCCGUCAACAGCAUCGUGCCCGAGUCGUGUCCCGACGCUGCUGGGCAGGCCCAGAGGCUGGUCGAGACGUGCGGCGGCGGCAGUUGCGGCGGCGGCUGUGGCGGCGGCGACGCAAGCAGCCGGCAGGCGACGGAGGCGGCGCUCUUGACAGCGCGCCGCACUCAGCGCUCGCUCCAGAGCGCCGGCACGCACGGCGCGAUCAUCGGACGGAAGGGGCGGACGGUGCAGACCUUUGUGCACCCCUCGAGCGCGUCCGAGCUCAUUGGCGCUGCGACCGCCCCUUCAACGGCCGCUGUCGAGGCGAACCUCGCCGUCGGCGGGGCUGAAGUCAACGGCGAAGAGCAUGGCCUCGCCGCACAGAUCCACGCGAGCAAGGGGCGAGUCGGCACCGGCGGUGGGAGUGGCUCCUCCCCACCCGGCCUCGCCAUGGGCAGCACCUCCAGUCCCGGCGCUGACGUCGACGUGGUCAUCGACCCUUCGUCGUCGACUUCGUCGGGCGUGACCGCGACUGUCCGCGCGAGCGCCACGGCACACCCCAUUGACACGCGGGCGGCGACGGCCGGUGCGGCGUCCGCCGUGCAGGACAGCAACACGAGUCGGCUCACAUCUCCCAAGGCGCUUCCCUCUGGCGUGGCCGCGACUUGCCAGAUGCGGCUUUCAGAGCCCAUCCUCCCCUGCCGCGCCGACGUCGGCGAGGCGCUGGGCACGUCGUGGGCCACCGGGCAGCAGCAGCUUCGGCCUACGCAGGGCGAGAAGCUGCUCCAGACCGGCGCGCGCGGCUUCGUGCGCGCCAUCGUCGACAAGAUCAGCACCUUAGUGACGGUGACGCAGCAGGGCCCGCUGCGCUCUGAGCGCAUGGCUUGCGCGGACCUGUCGCAGAUGAACGCGGCGGAGGGCGCCGUCCUGACGGCGGCCGUGCUGCCCUUCGCCCACGAGUGCGGUGCGGCGGCGGCCGCGACCACCAGCGGCCCCAUCGCGGGCGACACGGAUCACGGCCGGUUCGACCUCAGCCAGUGGCUCAGCCGCUGCUGCGGCGGCGGCAGUUGCGGCGGUGGCGUUGGCGGCUCCAGCGGCGGCGGCGGCGGCGGCGGCGGCUCUGGCGGCGGCGACGCCAGCAGCCGGCAGGCGACGGAGGCGGCGCUCUCGACAGCGCGCCGCACCCAGCGCUCGCUCCAGAGCGCCAGCACGCACGGCGCGAUCAUCGGACGGAAGGGGCGGACGGUGCAGACCUUUGUGCACCCCUCGAGCGCGUCCGAGCUCAUUGGCGCUGCGACCGCCCCUUCAACGGCCGCUGUCGAGGCGAACCUCGCCGUCGGCGGGGCUGAAGUCAACGGCGAAGAGCAUGGCCUCGCCGCACAGAUCCACGCGAGCAAGGGGCGAGUCGGCACCGGCGGUGGGAGUGGCUCCUCCCCACCCGGCCUCGCCAUGGGCAGCACCUCCAGUCCCGGCGCUGACGUCGACGUGGUCAUCGAGAUCGACGUGGUCAUCGACGGAUUGGCGAACGCUUCUCGAGUCCCAACCAAGGAGUCUGUCAAGACCGAGGACCCCAAGUUUGCGGCGUCCACCCCUCUUGCGGCUUUUGCGGCGCCCAUCGGCCUCGCUCCGCUCGGCCCGCCAACGACCAAGCCGGCGGACGGCGGGCGAGCGGGAGCGCCUCGGCACCUCCUCUUCCUCCAGAGCGACCGGGCCGUCGAUGCGCGUCUCGAAGUAGCGCUGAAGGAGAUUGCGUGGCCUGCAGAGCUCCGCUCCACCCGGGUCUCCGACUCGAACUCGAUCGAGUCCGAUCUCUUGUCAAGCGGCUACGCCGACUGGCGGCGCGCCUGCGCCUCCUUUGACCGCGCCAGCUCCUCGCUGCUCGAGGCGUCGCUGCCCAUCCCGGCCUUGUGGUCCGAGACUGAAGCGGUGCCCAUGCCUCUGCCGGUUCCGCCAAAGACCGAUGUGGCGGAGCAGCGCAGCGACGACUGGCUGCGCUGCUCCAGCCUCCUGGGGAACUUGCCCUUCAGCACGCCACCGGCGCUGGAGGAGCUAGCGCGGCCCGCGGAGGUCCGCGCCACUCAGAUCGCCGACUCGAAGACGGCCGAGUCGACCGAUCUCUUCUCCAUCUCAAGUGACCUUGCCGGCUCGCGGCCACGCUGCGCCUCCUUCAUCUGCGCCGACUCCUCCACGGGCGAGGCCGACAACACGGACAUGGCUAGCAGCUCUCCCUGGCCCCUCCUCAUGGGUGCCCUCAUGGGGUGCCUGGGCUUCUCUGUCGUGGCGCUGUCGUGGAGCGGCUCCUCGGCCACCAAGACCGGCUCCGACAAGGUCGACGGCCAGAAGCGCUCGAGGCGCGCGAAGGAGACCGAGGUCAUGGCACCGACACUGCUCAAACUCGCGCUCGUGCCGGCCGCCGGUGACAAGCUCGUGCUCAAGCUCUCUCCUCCGCCGCCGCUUGCUGACAAGCAGGCGUCUCUGGCGGACAACACGACCGUCAUCGACCCCGGCGGAGGCAACGCCGUCGGCAUCCCCUCCGAGCCCGUCUCGCUCAAGGAUGGCAUCGACACCGGCACCGGCGGCACCGGCACCGCCAGCACCGGCACCGGCAACGUCCCGUCCGAGGGCGAGCCCGGCCCGCUCAAGGACGGCAUUGACGCGGGCGGCGGCAACGUCGAGGGCGAGUUUUCGCCGAUGACGUCCUCCGCGAAGGUCGGAAUCGUGCCCGCUGACGACGGCCGCAUCACGCUCGUCAUCUCCGCGUCGGUGUCGCCUUCGCUCCCCGGAGCCAAGGGCGACGCCGACUGGACUGUCUCGGCCAAGGAGGUUCCAGGGAAGAAGCCCGCCACGGCGGGCAUCCCCGACAGGACCACCCCGUCGAACCCGCGCCGCAAGAAGGGGCGCAAGGGCGCGUCCGCCCCGAUCGUCCGCACCAAGAGCAUCGCCCCGGUCGGCGGCAACAACCGGUUCGGGGCCCUGCUCGGAAUGGACGGCAACGAGGGCAUCCUCGGCGGCACCGGCAAGGGCGCGACGGUCGACGUCGAGACGACCACGAUCACCACGGAGGGCUCUGCCGCCGGCCGGUUCUCGUGGCCCAAGUUCUGCCCGUCCUACUUGCUCCGCCUCUUUGGCAUCCUCGCGCUGCUCUGCCUCGGAGCCGCGUUUGCGCUCUCCUCGUACUCUGCCACCUCCGCGCUUCUCUCCUCGCAGCGGUACGACUGGCCGUGGCCGACAUCGCCUCCCGCAACCGUCGCAAAGCCGUUCACGCCGGCAUCGCCCAACGGCUUCUGCGAGGUUGGCGGCAACGCCACCUGCUCGUUUGCAGCCAUCGUGUCGUCGGACAGCGCGCCCACCAACCACCCGGGCGGGCACGAGGACGGGAGCUCGUGGGGAGCACUGAUGGAAGCGAUCGACGAGGUGGUGGGCGAGCCGUUGCACCUGAUUGGCGAGCCGCCAGCGUCCAUCAUCGAGGACGUUUACGAGAAGCAGCCGAGCGAGUCCGACUUGGUGACCGUCCCGGCCUCGCGCAACAGCACGGAGCGCGAGGGCGAGCCCUUGGUCAACUUUGUCGGUUCCGUCUACGGCAACAGGACGGGGAUCAUCGCUCGGGGGCGCAAAACCGUCCUGCCUGUGAAUGACACGCCGCCGAAGUUGCGGUCCGCCGACGCUGGAAAGCUCGGGAUGGCGUUGCGGAAGCUGGUUGAUAUUGGCCUCGGCGCCUGGGCCCCCGUGUUGCUUGGGCGCACGCGCGUGAAGCCGGCCGCCCUCGUCCGCGUGGGCGCCGCCGCGCUGCUCGUUGGCAAAGUGGCCGCGCAAAAUGGCACCGAGCUCCCGCACAACCACACGUCGUGCCAGGAUGAUCCGGACGGCGUCCUCACCGCCUUCGGCGGCUGCGCUACCGGCGUGACCCUUGGCUGCGACACGGACCUGAACACCGUCAACCCCGGCGCUGCGCCGGUGGGCACGCUCGUCUCGCUGCUCUGCCCGGCGAGCUGCGGCAAGUGCGCGUCGCCGUCGCCGUCGCCACCGGCAGUGCUCUGCCAGGAUGAUCCGGACGGCGUCCUCACCGCCUUCGGCGGCUGCGCUACCGGCGUGACCCUUGGCUGCGACACGGACCUGAACACCGUCAACCCCGGCGCUGCGCCGGUGGGCACGCUCGUCUCGCUGCUCUGCCCGGCGAGCUGCGGCAAGUGCGCGUCGCCGUCGCCGUCGCCACCGGCAGUGCUCUGCCAGGAUGAUCCGGACGGCGUCCUCACCGCCUUCGGCGGCUGCGCUACCGGCGUGACCCUUGGCUGCGACACGGACCUGAACACCGUCAACCCCGGCGCUGCGCCGGUGGGCACGCUCGUCUCGCUGCUCUGCCCGGCGAGCUGCGGCAAGUGCGAGUCGGAGGAGAGCAUUCCCCCAUCACCAUCAGCACCAUUAGAGAGAACUCCUCGUGGAAAAUACCAGCUUCUACAAUUGCAGCACUGCCAAAACCUCUGCUGUCGCUCGAGCGACAGCGGCGGUGACGGCGACGAGGCGACCCACAUGCUGCUCUACCUAAACACGGCGACGUGGGCCGGCGAUGGCGCCGAGGCGCUCGCAGAGCAGGUGCGCGCCGCGCGCCGUGCCAAGCUGCCGAUCGUGAUGGCGCACGAGAACGACGCCGUCCGCAACGGCUGCAUCUUUGGCCACUUUUUCGAGGUGACGCCGCGCGACCUGAUCGCCGACGGGCUGUACCACGACCUCGCCGUCGGCUGCCACUCGGGCCCACACCGGCAGGUGUCGCUCGCCCUGCUCGCAAAGGCGCUCGGCGCGACCGAGCAGACGGCCCAGUCGCGCGUGCGCCGAGUCACCGCCCUCGCUCUAUCGAUCCGCGGCUCCUCUUCAAUGACGGAGCCGUCGAAUGGCGACGACGUUGGGCGGGAAGCGUCAGCGACGCAGACCGUCUGA